AUGUCAGCUCUGGACGCCCUGGAGCGGCUGAUGGAGCUGUCGAUCGCCGUGAUCGGUCGGCCGCACGCUAUGCUGGACCUCGCCGUCACGCUGCUCGAGUGCGGCCACCUCGACAAGGCCGUUCAGAUACUCAAGGAUGAAGACGUGACGCUGGAGUCUGAGCGAGUACAGUAUUUGUGCAAGCUGUACGUGAGCACGAGGCAGCUGCAGCACCUACAGCAGCUGUGCUCCCUGGCGCGGUCUGCUGCUUGUGAGGCCAGAGAUGUUCUGCUCAUACAAGCUCACCUCUACGCCUACUACCAAUUAGCUGGUGAAAGCCAGCUAGCGAAGGCGCUCCUGACGCAGUUGCAGGCGCAGAAUGUCACCGAGACAGACUUGAUAUCAAUGGUGCCGCCCCUCCCCGCCCACCUCUGGCGGGACAAACGUGUUACAAACGUGCCCAGGCUAUCAAAUUCAUCUGAUACUCAAGCACAUGAAGAAAAAUAUACUGAUUUUAACCACGAUAAUGAUAUAAAAUCAAAGCAACAGUCGGAGUUUCGAGAGGAAGGCAGAACGAAACCUGAUUCAUAUAAAGUUUCUAGAUCUCACAGACGAGGUAACGAAGAUAGGUCGGUAAAUGCGCCGGAAUUUCUUGAUGAAAAUCACCGUGAAUCAAAUAGGCAAUUUUCUAGCUCCACGUUCUCACCACGUGGCCAAAAUAAGCUGUCACAGCUUCAGAAUACAUCACCAAUAGAGCAGGAUGAACCAUCACGAGAAUGGGACUACGAUGCACCUCCAUAUGAGCGAGAGUUAUGCCAGUCCAUGCGGUCUUUCGGAUCGAGAUAUUUUCCGCCCUUUAACGAAGAGCAGGAAAAAACCAAAAACAAUCGUCGAUUUUCUAAUUCCAGACCAGUUCUGCGUGAUUGUACCGUGCAGUUCUGCGUGAUUGUACCGUGCAGUUCUGUGUGA